CCUUUUUUCAAUAUUUUCUUUUUCUUUGUCUCUCUCUUGUCUCUCUCUCUCUGUCUGCUCUGUGUUCUCUGCAACUAGCAAGAAAGCUAUAAUCUUGCGAAAAUCGAGCACUUCAAACCACCCUCAAUCUCUGCUGAAGAGCACCCCCGCGAGCCGUAAGAACCUCGAGCUUCGCAGCAAUGGAGAAUCUCCCGCAUUCUCUCCAUCCGAGCAAGCUCCCCAAGAAGCCAGCUCACGCGCCCAAGACCAUCUACGACGACGUCUUCGGUGGCCCGCCGAGGUACGGCGGCGUCCCCGCCCUCUCCCCGCGCGCGGAGGACUACGGCGAGAUAUUCGGUGGCUUCCACGCGCCGCGGGCCUCCGCGAUUCCCGUGCUGGAUCUCCCCGCGGCCGGCGAGGCCGACGCCUUCUUCGACGUCCGGAGCCCCGGGUUCGACUACUCCGAGGUGUUCGGCGGGUACGGGGGCCUCGAUUUCGCCGACGGGCUCGAGGUUUUGGUUAGGCAGUCCAAUGGCGGAGACUGUGGUUCCAGUGAUGAAGCUUGGACCCCAUCGGCAUCCGAUUAUCUGUCCGAGGAGUCGGACCAUUCCGGGAGUAAUCAAUUCUUCUCCAAUGGGGAUCCUUAUAAUUCAGUAGAUGCCGACAUAGAGUACAACAUGUCGUACCAUAAAGCCAACAUCAGAAGCAACUCAGAAACUUCAAAUGGGAUUAGACAUGCAAAUCAGAUUCGUGCUGUUCCUGGUUUCUCAUAUUUAGUAGAUCAAAGAUCUACUAUUCCAUAUCAAGAGUAUUCAGAUCCAUCCUUGUGGCAAACUUGUGACGACAACCCAGAUGUUAGUUUUUGCAGGGAAAGAAUGAAGGGAAAAGGCAAACAUCUUAGGAAGACUGUAUCAAACCCCUCUAACACAGACAAUUACCGAGAAACGUAUGAAAACGAUAUGAGACCUCAAAGGGAAUAUGGAAGAAUGGAUUCUUGCCCCAAUAAGCCAUUUGUGACGAUUUCGGAGAUCAGCCUCAGAACUGAACCGUCUCAUCUGCCACCACCCUCGAGACCGCCACCUGCAUUUGAUUUCAAAAUUGGAGAUGCCAGCAGAUCGGCUUCAAGCUGGAAGGAGAUGUCUCCUGAAGGGAGUGAAGGUGAUGGUUCUCCUCGUUUCUUUGAUGUAGAGGUAGAUGCCAGUUCAUCUGCAGCAGUAGCCUCUGCUGCUGCAAUGAAAGAAGCGAUGGACAAAGCUCAAGCCAGACUGAGAAGCGCCAGAGACUUGAUGCAAAGAAAGAAGGAGGGUGUGCGCCGUACAAAACUGGGCUCUUAUAAAGACUCUAAAGAUAAAAUGGGUAAAGUAAGAAGUAAGGUGGCUGAUGAGAUGCAUAGUCCAAAGGUUGAGAGAGUGCAAGCCCCCAAUCAGAGAGAUAGCGGUGAAAUGCAAAGCUACAUUACACGGAAUGUGAUGGAGCCAAAUCAGGUUACUUCAGAUGAAAAUAUCUCCAAAAGACGAGGGAAAGAAUCAUCUUCGUCUCAGAUGUUUGGCAACUCCGUGGAAGCUGCUGGAUGGAAAGAAGCAACGCUGCUUUCAGAAAUGACAGGAAUUGAUAGAUCUGGAGGGGCUCAUGAGCAUACAAACAGGGAAAGAGUUUUUGAGUAUGCUAACAAUCAUGGCAAUGGACAGAUUGGGAAAAAGGCAGAUGUCAAAGCUUUUGAGACCCAAGAAAGCAGUAGGAAGAUGAAAGUGGACAGAGAAGCAUAUAGGGGGAUGGAGUUUGAUGACAGUGGCCGAAGGAUGGGAAACAAGGAAAAACCUACAGCAGCUAAGCAGGUCCUUAGGCAAAAAGACCAUGAAAGGAAAGAUAAAGUGAUUGAAGGAUUUGUUCAGAGUGAAGGGAUUGAAAAAAAGCAUAAGAUGGCUUCGCAUCAGAUUGAAACUUGCAGUUGGCCUGAGAAUGCUCAAUAUAUGAAGAAACACGAGAGCAUGGGCAAAGUUCUUGGUGAAGUGAAUGACAUUGAUGCUAGAAAGGGUGUGCAGCGUGGGCAAGAUGGGAAGAAUCUGGAAAAGGUGAGUCCAAGCUUUGGAUCUGAGGAAUUAAAGGAGAGUUACAAGAUAAGAGAGCAGAUUUCUGACUGGGAAGAAAGAAGACCUGGAAUAGCUAUUGGGCAAGAGAAAAUACAGCAUGGCAGAAGGAUGACCUUAGAGAAUGAAAAUACUGAGAAGAAUCCGGAGGGAGAUUUCAAGUGGACAGAAAACGGUCAAAAGAAGGAAGAGACUGCUGAGGAAGAGGAAAAGAAAAGGAGACUCCAAGAAGUGUCUGAGCAAGAAGAGGAGGAAAAGAAAUUGAAUAAGCUCCAGGAGCCGAAAGACAAAGAAAAGCUAAAAGAAGCUCAAGAUAAAGAAGAUAGCGAGAGACGACUAAGGGAGGCUGACGAGCAGGAAGAGAAGAACAGGAGAUUAAGAGAGGCUCGUGAACGGGAAGAGAAUGAGAGAAGGCAAAAGGAAAUUCUUGAGAAGGAAGAGGAGAGGAGACUAAGAGAGGCUCAUGAACGGGAAGAGAAUGAGAGGAGGCGAAAGGAAAUUCUGGAGAAGGAAGAGAAGGAGAGAAGACUUAGAGAGGCUCAUGAACGGGAGGAGAAUGAGAAGGAGAGGAGGCAAAAGGAAAUUCUCGAGAAGGAGAGAAGACUUAGAGAGGCUCAUGAACGGGACGAGAAAGAGAAGGAGAGGAGGCAAAAGGAAAUUCUCGAGAAGGAAGAGGAGAGGAGACUAAGAGAGGCUCAUGAACGGGAGGAGAAAGAGAAGGAGAGGAGGCAAAAGGAGAUUCUUGAGAAGGAAGAGAAGGACAGGAGACUAAGAGAGGCUCGUGAGCAUGAAGAAAUUGAGAGGAAGUUCAGGGAGGCUAUUGAGAAGGAAGAGAAGGGGAAGAUGCUUAGAGAAGCUCUUGAAGUGGAAGAGAGAGAGAAGAAAGUAAAAGAAGCCCAGGAAAUUCACGAAGAUGAGAAAAAACCGGCAGAAGUUAGGCAACAGGAAGACAGUGGGAAGAUGCUAAAGCCGGCUUGUGGAAGAGGAGCAGCUGAAAAAGUGGUCGAUAAAUCUCAAGCAAAUGAAGAAAACGAGAAAUGUGUUGAAGAGGCUGCUGGGUUUGCAGAAAAUCAUGAAGCUUUGAUGGGUGUCGAGAAGAAUGAAGAGAUCAAAGUGGCAUUUGAUAAGGGAUCCGAACCGGAAGAAAUGGAUAAUGCAUUCAAAGAUAAUAUUGAGUUUGAAGUGAUUAAUGACAGGCUCCACGAAGUAAGUGAUAUAGGAGAAUUUAGUAGUCUGACACAAGAUUAUAAGCUAGCCCAGAAGGAUCAGGUGUGCCAGCAAAAUAGUACUGAGAAAAUCCGAGCAGAUAGUGCGCCUGGGGAAUGUGAUGAAAACUUGGAAACGUCAACAAAUACAGAGGCCUCUACUCAGGCCAGUAAAGUUUCUAUGAAUGAGUCUGGAAGUGAAAAGAAACCAUUGGCAGUUGAAAUUACAAAGAUGACUGAUGAGGGUGGUAAGUUUUCUGGUGUGGCCCAAGCCGGUUUGAAAAAUAGAGAGGAUGUAUCUAAAAUGGACAACAUCAGAGAGUCACAGCCUUUGGACAACAGAGAUAAGAAGACUAGUGCUACUUUUGCUGGGGUUGAGCAGAUGGAUGUUGAGGCUAGUGGAAGAGUCUCCCACGACAGUCGCAAUACUUCACAUAACGAGAGAAAAUCUGUCCAUGAAAAGGGAGAAAGAAAAGAUAAUAUCAAGCAGAACCGGGUUCCUUCGCAUCAAAAUGAAAAGAAGGAGAAGUUUACAUCAACUCAAGUCAUGAAAGAGGGAUUUGAUAUGGGAAAGAAGACGGAGACAUCUCAGCCAGAUCUAUUAAACCCUCAGAAAACAGGAAAGCAGCAGAAUGCUCCCUAUAUUGGAGUUGGAAUAGAGAAAAUUGUAAAUAGAGCAACGAUGGCAGAAUCGACGGAUGCUGAUGGGUUGAGAAAAGAGCAAGAACUGGAAAUGGAGCGCCUUAGAAGGCUGGAAGAGGAGAGGGAAAGAGAAAGGGAACGAGAAAAGGACAGGAUGGCGGUGGAUAGAGCAACCCUUGAAGCCCGUGAAAGGGUAUUAUCUGAAGCUCGUGAGAGGGCAGAAAGGGCUGCUUUGGAGAGAGCAACUACUGAAGCUAGGCAAAGAGCAAUGAUGGAGGCACGUGGAAGAUUGGAGAAGGUGUGUGCUGAGGCCCGGGAAAGAACAUUUACUGAGAAGUCUUCUUCAGAGGCGAGGUUCAGAGCUGCUAUGGAGAGAGCCACAGCAGAGGCUCGAGAGCGUGCUGCUGAAAGGGCAAUGGCUGAGAAGGCCACUUCUGAUAAAUUCUCCACUUCAAGAUAUAAUGGAAUGAGAGAAAGUUCACAAUCAUUGGAUCUGAGGGACACACAAAACCAAAGUGCAGGCUGUUCCAUUAAUUCUAGAUAUGCGUCCUCCUCUGGAUAUAGUGGUUCUCAUGAUAGUGAGAGAUCUGAAGUAGUGGAAGGGGAAUCAGCUCAAAGGUGUAGAGCAAGGUUAGAGAGACAUCGACGGACAGCUGAACGAGCGGCUAAGGCUCUUGCAGAAAAGAAUAUGCGUGAUCUACUUGCUCAGAGAGAACAAGCGGAGAGAAAUAGAUUGGCUGAAACUCUUGAUGCGGACGUCAAAAGGUGGUCAAGCAAUAAAGAAGGGAACCUACGUGCAUUGCUCUCGACAUUGCAAUAUAUCCUAGGACCUGACAGUGGAUGGCAACCCAUUCCACUGACAGAAGUGAUAACCUCCGCUGCCGUCAAGAGAGCUUACAGGAAGGCCACUCUCUGUGUUCAUCCAGACAAAUUACAACAACGAGGCGCAAGUAUUCAGCAGAAGUACAUCUGCGAAAAGGUCUUUGAUCUUCUCAAGGAGGCGUGGAACAAAUUCAACUCAGAGGAGAGAUAGCCGCCAGCCCGUGAUUUCACAUUCCACUAUCUCGAUGUAAUUAGAACCAUUACUGUAGCUCGCGGGUGCUGCGGAAAGGGACGACGUAUACUGCAGCAAUAUUCGGAUGUAAGAGUAGCCUUCAAGGUAGUUUUUUUUUUUGUUUUUUUUUCAAGUCUUAAAGCUAGGUUUAACACGUGUACAGAUGGAAGAAAGGAAAUCGCGCUCCUUGUGCUGCGGAAGCAAUUUCCGAUAGUCCAGUAUCCAUUUGUCGGAGAGACCGGGAAAUCCAAAUCACGUCUUCUCUAAUUUUUCUAGCAA